AUGAAUUCCUUUGCUUUCAUGAGCAUGCUCUUGUUUUCCUCGACGACGCUUGGCAUGCCAAAUGGAUACUCAUACACCAACUAUCCCAGUCAAGCUUCGGAAUAUUAUUCAGUCAUGUAUGGAGAUGCACCUCACUACGAUAGCGGUUAUUUGGACAACCAACCAUCGACCGAUACCUACUGGGACCCGACACUGGCGCCAUCCUAUCCUUACGGACGUUCAGUCUCUAUCUCAGGUGCAGAUAUGAAGACAGAUCCAUCUCCGUCUUCCGGGAGUAUCCCAGCUGGUGGUGACCCCAGUCACACUCCAGCAGGAGCUAGGAGCAGCGCCGGUCUUCUCUAG